GCGCCUUCGUUGCAAAUUUUCGGUCCUAUUCAAGUUCGCGUUCUCAGCGGAUCUUGCUGCCAUCUGUGCGUGAUCACCAUCAUCAUCGGCAACACGACCUGCCGACCGGGCAUUGUGCACCUGCGCUUCGCGUUGUAGCGCACGCACCAGCUGCGCUUACGCACUCGCUAAUUGUAAGGAGAAUUCUCCCUCAAUUGAAACGACUUCUUUUUGAUUGCUGCAACCGAUCUUUCCGUUAACGUUGCACUAAGGGCUCCAUAUGGUCCUCUGCCCUUUCCGGCCCUAUCCGCCCUCCAAAAAAUGGUUCAAUUAUCGCUAUUUCUGCGGAUCUACGCGCGGCCAUCUCUUAUCGGUCAAUCACCUUGUCCACGUGCCCAACAGCGACCGUCAAGCCACUUGCCCUGAAAACUGAAUUGAAACUCCUCACGCAGAUACACGGAGUCUUAUCGUGUCUUUUCGGAUUUCCCGGCUUUCUCCCGCACUCGUGUCUGAUCUUACGGGACUUUUUCGCUAGCUAAAACACCGUAAAGAUUGACUUUCCAAGCCCCGUUAACGGAUUCCACGUAUCGCCUUCAAUAGCCGUGAUCGUCUAGUGGUUAGGACCCUACGUUGUGGCCGUAGUAACCCAGGUUCGAAUCCUGGUCACGGCAAUGUGCAAACAUUGUCACGGCGGAGGUGAAUUUUUUUUUUCAAUUUCAGAUUCUUGGUUUUUUUUUAUACGCUACGAUGAAAAUCACCAACUGAAUACAGAAAAUGCAACAAAAUAUUUGGAUCGACAAGAAUAAUAUAAAAUAAUUUACGCAAUGGAAAAACAAAUUAUGUAAUUCAAUCAGUCGUAACGAUCAUAUUAUCUGCAUUUUGUAAUAGUUUAGGAUUUUUGCCUUACAUAUAUUAUAAAUGAAAUGUAUUAUUCAAAUUAAUUUUUGUACAUCCUUUACCCAAUGGUGUAAGGUCGUAAGUACAAAAUACAACUUCUUUCCAUUGUCUCUUACUGCUCAUAAAGAUGAUGGAUCGUACAUUUUUUUAUCUUUUUUCAGAGUACGCUGAAAAUGUUCAAAAAAGCGUUGAAAUGCUAAAUUGAUGAUUGUUCAAGUUCCGCACAUUUCCAAAACAUUCGCAAAACAAAAAGAGAUGUUAACGAUCCGACCUGAUCAAACACACAAACUAUCAGCUUUGGUGUCUUCGCAGGCUCAUAAUUCGCAAGAGUUCUAUGUGCAAAUAGUAAAUGCCAAAAUGUGAAAAUGGAUGAGUGCGCGAACUUCAGUACCAUCGUACCAUCAACAUCGUAUUUUUGGUACAUACGACCUUAUAAUAAUAAGCACGUGACGUAUUUUCCAAUUAAAAUCGAGGUCGCAUAACUUCAAUUUCCAAUGCGACUUUUGUGUGGCAAUACAUUAUUUACGUUGGAGACUCAGAGUCAGCGAAUUUCUAAGUUAAUAUAAGACUAAAGUCAGGAUUUAUUCCCUGUAGUCCAUUAUUUCGAUCGAAACUGUGAUAAUACAUGGUAAUCCAGCAACGCGUUAACGUUGUACUUCAAAUUGGAACUCAUAUAGUACUUUUAUCAUAAUUCAUCAACACAAAUUCACCAUAACUAUGAUAUUCACACGGUAUUUUUUAACGUUGCUGGGAGUGAUAGCUUUGCAAACUAUUGGAGCCGAAUGCAUCUGGCGAAUAAAGAGACAAGCUGGAGAUUUAGGAAUGGACGUAGUAUCAUGCGAUCUUGCGGAUGCAGAUAUUAAUCGACCUGCUCGAUGUCUUCUGUCUCCGGGAAGCCGCAGCUUCAGAACUCGGAGCGACGCUGAUUUGAUCGCCAAAUAUUUUUCGGGAAACGGUUACGCGGGUGGUCUGAGUUCGUUGUUGGGAUCCAUGAGUCCCCAAUCAAAAAAUGAUAAUUCUCCUGGAGAAUAUGUGAGUUCAAGUGUAACCGCAAGCGAAAGUGAUUCUAAUACGGUCGGUGCGCCACACCAGGAUUAUGUUGGAAAUUCUAUGCCGACGAACGCAUAUACUGUUUACAGCAUGCAACCGGCUGAAUCAAUCCUAGGUAUUUCACCGUACCCAUAUUUAGUUGGUGCACCUAGCAACUCCUAUGUCGACAACUAUAACACUAUGGUGGGAGCGCAGAAUCCACAAUUCAUAGAGCAUUCUGAAAGGAAUCGUCUAGAUUCACUUAUUGAAGAAGAUGGUAGUCAGAUCACCGGUAAAGUUGCUGCAGAGAGCGGUGACCUCGAUGACGGUGGUUUAAUGAAUGCUGAGGAGACGAAUCUUGGUGCAGCAAAAGACUCUAAUAUUCUAGAUGUAGCUGACAAUUUGGGUGAUAAAAAUGAGGAGGGAAUGGUCGUUGGCAGUGAACAAACAGAAUAACAGCAGAACGAUGCUCUCGAUUCUUUGAAUUUUAGUCCAGCAGAAAAACCAAAUAUCAAUGAAGCCGAGGAGCAUGUAGGUAUCAAACGAAAAAAUGCACGUUUGAACAAGAGAGUGAUUAGAUAAGAAGCAGGUGAAAAGUGCUUUCAAUCGUUUUGUUACGUAAUUAUAACAUUGAAUGUUAGUAAGGUUUUAUAUUGACAGAUAAUUGUACACUAGUAAAUAAACGAAUUCUUGCCUCCUUUAA